GCUUGCACAUAACACACACCAACAAAUUAAAUAUUCCUAUUAAAUCAAACAUUUUCACAUUUACCUUUGCUCUCAAAACUCAAAUUAAGCACAAAUUAAACAAAUCAGAAUGCACAAGAGCACAUCAGGUUCGUCAUUGGGUCCAGAUGGUUUGGAUCUAACUCAAUCAUUCUUCAAGCCUAUUUUAAACGCUGCUCCACCUUCUCCAACAAAGCACCAUAACAAGAUUUCAGUUAUAGGUGCAGGCAACGUGGGAAUGGCCAUAGCCCAAACCAUCCUAACACAAGACCUCGUCGACGAGCUUGUCCUUGUUGACGCCAUUCAGGACAAGCUCCGAGGCGAGAUGUUAGACCUACAACAUGCGGCGGCCUUCCUCCCACGUACAAAGAUUCAAGCCUCGACUGACUAUGCAGUGACGACAGGGUCUGACCUCUGCAUCGUCACUGCCGGUGCUCGCCAGCUUAAUGGCGAGUCAAGAUUGAAUCUGUUACAACGAAAUGUUACAUUGUUUAAAAAAAUUAUACCACCAUUGGUUCGUUACUCUCCUCAUUGUGUUCUUCUAAUUGUUUCUAAUCCCGUUGAUGUGCUCACUUACAUUGCUUGGAAACUAUCUGGAUUUUCCUCUAACCGUGUCAUCGGUUCAGGAACUAACUUGGAUUCUUCUCGCUUUCGCUUCCUCAUUGCUGAUCAUCUUGAUGUUAAUGCUCAAGAUGUGCAGGCUUACAUAGUGGGGGAACAUGGUGACAGUUCGGUGGCACUAUGGUCAAGCAUCAGUGUUGGAGGUGUUCCAGUGCUAAGCUUUUUGGAAAAGCAACAAAUUGCAUAUGAGAAAGAAAUGCUAGAGAACAUACACAAAGAGGUUAUAAAUGGAGCAUAUGAAGUAAUAAGUCUAAAAGGAUACACUUCUUGGGCAAUAGGUUACUCUGUUGCAAACUUGGCAAGAACAAUUAUGAGAAACCAAAGGAAAAUUCACCCUGUUUCAGUUCUUGCAAAAGGGUUUUAUGGUAUUGAUGGUGGUGAAGUGUUUCUUAGUUUGCCUGCACAACUUGGUAGAGGAGGUGUAUUGGGUGUAACCAAUAUUCAUAUGACACAAGAUGAGAUGAAAAGGCUUAAGGAUUCUGCCAAUACUAUUCUUGAAGUGCAGAAUCAUUUGGGUAUUUGAUCAUUUUUCUUUCUAGAAGGUCAAUUAUAUACAUACCCUUUUUUGUUGUAUAUUGUAAUUCGUCUAUGCUAUUUUUUUGUUGUGUAUUUUCAAAGCUGCUACUAGUUUUUGUAUUUGAAAUUCAUAAAUCAAGCAGUUAUUUUGUUGUUCUCCUAA